AUGACUCCUGGCUGCUGUCGCUGCUCGCCGUGCUUCAACCGAAGCUGUCAACCUCUUGCGCCUUCUUUAAGAGGUUCCGCCGCAGCCUCGCACGACGCUGGUGUCCGAGCCGCCCAGAGCCGAAGCGCUCCGCACCGCCUCCGCACGGGCUCUAACUCUACCGGACGUGACGCGGCCCUCCUUAGCUCGCCUCGCCCCAGCCCUCCCCCCACCACCCACCCUGCGCGGCCCCACCCCCAUCUGCAGGUCCCUAGCAAGGCGGGAAAGCGAGCGUGUGCUCAGGGAGGCUCUGUGGCCAGGGCCAUUUUGGACGGCAAACAUUUUGCAGUCAGGGCAUUGACCAGAGAUGUAGCUACGCCCAGUGCCCAGGCGCUCCGGGACCUUGGUGCUGAGGUGGUGAAAGGCGACUUGGAGGACAAAGCGUCUUUGGAGGCUGCCUUAAAAGAUGUCCAUGGAGCCUUCUUGGUGACCAACUUCUGGGACCACCUGAGCAAGGAGAGGGAAGUGUCUCAGGGGAAGCUGGUGGCAGACCUGGCCAAGCGCCUAGGCCUGAAGCACGUGGUGUUCAGUGGCCUGGAGAACGUGCAGAAGUUGACCGGGGGCAGACUGACCGUGCCGCACUUUGACGGCAAGGGAGAAGUGGAGGAGUACUUCUGGUCCAUCGGAGUCCCCAUGACCAGCGUCCGCCUGGCAGCCUACUUUGAAAACUUUCUCACCUUGUGGAAGCCCGCCAAAGCCUCUGAUGGAGACUACUACACCUUGGCAAUACCCAUGGGGGACGUGCCGAUGCACGGGAUCUCCGUGGCUGAUGCUGGAGCCGCCAUCCUCAGCAUUUUCAAUUCUCCAGAGGAGUUUCUAGGCAAGGCCGUGGGCCUCAGUGCCGAAGCACUCACAGUACAGCAAUAUUGUGAUGUUUUUUCCAAGACUUUGGGGAAAGAUGUUCGAGACACAAAGAUCACGCCCGAAGCUUAUGAGAAGCUGAGCUUCCCGGCGGCGAAGGAACUGGCUGAUAUGUGUCGUUUCUACCAAAUGCAGCAGGACCGUGAUGUCGCUCUCACCCACCGACUAAACCCCAGAGUCAGAAGCUUCAACCAGUUUAUCUCCGACAACCUAGGAGCCUUCAAGGGCUUGUAGGGAAUGAGGGGUUCAGAUGGCCCCCACCCCGCCCCCAGCACCUGGCCUGCUUUCUCUCUCCGUCUAUUCUUUUUGCAGCACAAUAUCUGCAUUGAUGCACCAGCGAUGCUAGAAUGCCAUCAUCUGCAAGAUCAAAGGAUUCCCUGGAGCCCUGGCUUUGAUGGGCAGCACUGCAUUUUGUGACCCUGCACGGUGAUUUGAUUGGAAUAUCUUUUCAGCCAGUGCUAAGGGUGACAUGAGAAGCCCCAAAUGGAUGUCAUCUUUUGUAGCUCUCUCUCCCCAGUGACCAAGUCACCUCUGGGGCUCUGGGCUCUGGGAGGCAGCUCUGCUAACAGGAAUGCCAGCCCACUCAGCUUUCUCCUGAGGGAGUCAUCUCAAGCCCUAGGUAGCUCCAUUUUCUCAAGUCCAUUGCAAAAUUCUCAGUGAAUGUUGAAUUCGAUAUUUAAAAAUAAACAUCACUGUAAACCAUUGUAGAGAAUUUUCUGGGCACCCUGGUGUUCAAUGAACAAGCACGAGCCUUGAAAACUCUUAAGUUCACUUUUGCUCCAGAGAUUGGAAGUUCGUUCUCUGAGUCAUUCCGUCAAUCAUCUGUUGAAUUGUCCUUCAAUCAUUUUGGUAUCCAUUCAUCCGUCUAUUCCACAAACGGCUGCCAUUAGCACCAGCACUGGAAUCGUCUCUUUGCCAAAGAUGCUGUGGUUCCUUCCCAGUUGGUGCCGGGCCAGGGAAGAGGAGCCGUGCAACCAUUUGGCUCCAAGGGAAGCCUGAAGGAUCUGCAGGGGGUAAAGGCCAGGAAGCUGGGGGCAAAACCUGGGAGGAGUGGGGAAGUGGGAAAGGAGACGUUGGAAGAGUUCCCAUGGGCCUCUGUGGUUCUCUGGCUUUGCAUUCCUACACUGCGUUGUAAUUGUCUGCCUCAGUGGCCUCCUUCUUGACAGUGAGCACUUCGCUCUUUAUCCCCAGUGACUGGCACAUAGAGACGAUCAGUGGAUGUGGAUAGACUGAAGCAGCACAUAAAAUUGGUUGAGUACAUAAGAGAAACCGGGGCCAGUGCUGUGGCGUAGUGGGUGAUGUGACCGCAGCCUGUGAUGCCGGCAUCCCAAAGCUCCAGCUUGCUACUGAUGGCCCGGGAGGGGCAGCGGAGGAUGGCCCCAGUGCUGGGGCCCUAACAUCCACAUGGGAGACCAGGAUGAAGCCCCUGGCUCCUGGCUUCAGUCAUGGCCA